GGGGGCGCCCUGGACGAGCGACCUGGACGAGUCCCCAACUCUUUCCCGGUCGCUGACACGCGCUUCUUCUUCCGCGCUCCCGGGCGUCCGGACCGGAAGGUCCCAGCGGGUCCCCGCAAGUUCAGGAUCCCCGCGAGUCCAGGUCCCUGCGAGUCCGGGUCUCCGCGAGUCCUGGGUCCGAGCAGUCUGGGGUCAGAGCGGUCUCGGUCCGAGUGGUGUCUCGGGGGCGGUGGCAGGUUGCUCCCGGGCGCACGGGCCGGACGGGCUCCGGGAGUAGUGGGGAGUCUUCUUGUGGGAAGAUGAGGAAGCCCGACGGGAAGAUCGUGCUUUUGGGGGACAUGAACGUGGGAAAGACGUCGCUGCUGCAGAGGUAUAUGGAGCGGCGCUUCCCUGACACGGUCAGCACGGUAGGCGGCGCCUUCUACCUGAAGCAGUGGCGCUCUUUCAACAUCUCCAUUUGGGACACCGCAGGGCGGGAGCAGUUCCACGGCCUGGGCUCCAUGUACUGCCGGGGGGCGACCGCCAUCAUCCUCACCUACGACGUGAACUACCCGCAGAGCCUUGUGGAGCUGGAGGACAGGUUCCUGAGCCUGACGGACACGGCCAGCACCGACUGUCUCUUCGCCAUCGUGGGGAACAAGGUGGACCUCAGUGAGGAGGGGACCGUGGAGAGCCUGGAGAAGGAAGAGUGCGGCCCCAGGCUGGCGGGUGGCAACUGUGAGUCACCCAAGGUGCCCAAGCAGGUGCAGCUGGAAGACGCGGUGGCACUUUAUAAAAAGAUCCUGAAGUACAAGAUGCUGGACGAGAAGGACGUGCCGGCCGCUGAGCAGAUGUGCUUCGAGACCAGCGCCAAGACCGGGCACAACGUGGACCUGCUGUUUGAGACCUUGUUCGACAUGGUGGUGCCCAUGAUCUUGCGGCAGAGAGCCCAGGGGCCACCGCAGACUGUGGAUAUCUCCAGUUACAAGCCGCCCACACGGACCAAAUCUGGGUGCUGUGCUUGACACUCAGAGGCCCCCGACGGCCCAAUUUACAAGAUUGGCAGUGGGUGUGACCAAACGAGCUGUGGUCAGAGGAAGUGUAGAAAGCCAAGGAGCUCCUCUGUAGAACUGCACGCACAGGAGAUCUGAGUGGAAACGACAGCUGGUUAUUAAGAGAAGGUCAAUGUGAAUCGUCUACAUUGCUGUGCUGUGAGGCAGGGAACAAACGAAUUCUAUAUAGAAACCGUUCUGCAGAGCCAGGGUCCCCAGAGACCGUUGUCCCCGUGCUGCUCCUUGCCUGACAGCCUGGCCUCUGACGGAAGGUUGCCUGGGUGUGUGUGUGCACACCUAUUUCAGUACCUAUAUGACUUUCAUGUUUGCUGUUCGCAGAUGUUUCUCUUCACUGUGAUUUAUCUUUGGUCCAACCAUUUGGUACUUGCAUACUGAUGCAUUAUAAUGAUUCUCAACUUGUUAAUUUAUACAAAAUCAGGAAUCAGUUUUUAUAUUGGUUGUAGCGGUGUGAACUACACAUAUUAUUAAAAAGAAUUUUGAGAACUUA